AUGGUGGCCUCCCAUGUCUCCGAUGCUCCCCAACCGCGUGAGGCUGCCGUCAUCCUAACCGAUGCGCAGGAAGCCGCGGUCGAGGAGAAGCAGAUGACCCUGCGCGAGGGUCUGCGUGUCUGCCCCAAGGCCAUCUUCUGGAGCCUUGCCAUGUCGACGUGCAUCGUCAUGGAAGGCUACGAUACUUUUCUGCUCGGCAACCUGUACGGCCAGCCAGCGUUCCGCAAGCAGUUUGGCGUCCUCAUCUCAGCGGCCACAGAUACGUACGAGAUCCCUGCCCAGUGGCAGGCUGGGCUAGGUAACGGCUCGUCUUGCGGCCAGCUUAUUGGUCUUCUGCUCGGCGGUUACUGCAGCGAGCGGUUUGGUUUCCACCGCACGGCAAUCGGUAGUCUGGCAGUCAUCACGUGCCUGAUUUUCAUGCAGUUCUUCGCACCAAGCCUGCCAGUACUUCUUGCGGGCAUUGUCCUCUUUGGCAUUCCACUCGGUAUGCUGCAGACGACUCCAAUCAUUUACGCCCAAGAGGUGGCUCCCGCUGUGCUUCGACCAUACUUGACAACCUACGUCAAUAUGUUCUGGGCCAUUGGCAAGCUGGUCGGCUCAGGUGUCCUUCGCGGUACUCUUGCCAUACAAGGCGAUCUCUCCUGGCGCAUUACUUUUGCAAUCCAAUGGCUCUGGCCUGCAAUUCUCAUCCCACUUCUAUGUUUUGCUCCCGAGUCACCAUGGUGGCUCGUCCGCAAGGGCCGCCUAGCUGACGCACGCGGCGUGCUCGAGCGGCUCACGACCAACACGAGCAGGGAUGAUGCAUCCGGUCAGAGCACCCACAAGGCUGUGGCCUUCAACCUGGACAAACAGGUAGCCCUCAUGCUCGCCACGACCGAGCACGAGCGCGCAGUCCUCGCCCAGACAUCCUACGCAGCGUGCUUCAAGGGCGCCAACCUGCGCCGCACACUCAUUGUGAUUGGCAUCUACUGCGUGCAGGUCCUCAGCGGCAACAAUCUGCGCUCCAACUCGACAUAUUUCCUCCAGCAGGCUGGUCUCCCGACAUCCAUGUCGUUCAACAUGACCAUUGUCAACAAUGCGCUUGCUCUCACUGGAGGUCUCUGCACUUGGAUAUUAAUCCCCAUCUGGGGCCGCCGCCCGAUCUACCUCUACUCACUCGUCAUGAUCCCCCCCCCGACAAACACCAACAUGUCUUACUCAUGGGCCAUCGGCGCGCUCCUGAUCGCCUCGAGCUUCCUGUACAACUGCUCCAUGGGCACGCUGACCAACACGCUGUGCACCGAGAUCCCGUCGACGCUGCUGCGCUCCAAGUCGGUCGUGCUGGCCCGGUGGUGCUACUCGGUCAUGGCCAUCGCGGGGGGGUCCCUCACGCCGUACCAGCUCAACAAGUCGGCGUGGAACUGGGGCGCCAAGACGGGCUUCUUCUGGGCCGGCGGGUGCCUGCUCGGGGCAGUGUUUGCGUUCUUCUUUGUCCCCGAGACCAAAGGCCGGCCGGCCGCGGAGAUUGAUGUGCUGUUUGAGAACAAUGUGUCUCCUAGGCGGUUCUCUGAGACGCCGGUGCGGAUCGCGGAGGCGCUGGACGAGGGGGAUAUCGUCAAGGCGGUGUGAGCCCGUCUACAGAGUUGGGCAACGGGACAUCGUCUUUUGUCUGAGAAGAAUUGGAGGGCAGGGAGGACGGGAAUGGGGGAAGCCAUGGGAGCUUGCAAUGCCCGGUGCCUCGACAUGUCGUUACAUUACCUUUGACACUCGACAAGAUUUUCACACUUGCUCAAAGUAUAGACCGGGGGGUAGGGGUACGAUUGGAAUCGUCCCGACUCUGUACUAUUCUCGUCAAAACAUAGACCAGCAGAUGAACGCCACAAGACCUCUCGGAGACAUAUCAGCUCAAGUCACGGCGUGCUGACAAACUACCCUAAGCCACUUACGGCAACUCGUAAAAGAGCUGAAAACAUGCACAUUGAUCAAUGCCUCCCCCCACGUGGCGAUCCUCCACAGAAUGGUAAGCUCACUGUCGCUGGCAAGCGGGUGCUGCAUCCCACGUCAUCUUUGAACCUCCCCC